CUCAUAUGACCAUUGGCGGAUGACGCUUUUUCUCUAAAUAGCUUAGAAAUAUCAAUAGAGAGCCACCUUCCCUCAGCAAACUUCACCCUGCCUCCCAUUCACCAUUGAGGAGUGUUGGCGUAUACACAUCGAAAAAAACACGGCAAAGGGAAAGUUUUUCGGCUAAUUACGAUGCAAAGCAGCACCGCGGUAUAAAGAGUAAGAGAGCGCCGGUAUCGGUCAAAACUGCUAGGUAACUUCUCGAACGGACACGGCUUAACCUUAUAACGUAAACGGAACCUUUCAUUGGAUUUCAAGAUGUCCCACCGAAGACAACAUAGAUCUGUUUGCGGAGCUAUUGGGUUUCUGGCCAUAUGCUGCUCACUAUCACAGAAAGCUAAUGCAAACUACCGAGGCCCUGCAGACAACAUGAACCUCCGAUCAUUAGACCCGUACGCAGAAUGUUGUCCUAUCGGCUACAAGAGCGAGGUCCGGCUAGAUGAUUUCGGGAAGGAGGUUGUCUACAAUCAUUGCAAGGUCGUCAACUGUUGCAUUGGUCUGAAGGAGAUCCUAAAGCUGGGAUCAAAUGGACUAACGUAUUCCAUGUGUGUCAGAGACGAGGGUAGAUCUAUGCACGAUUUGAAAGGCCUGGCUGAGUUGGCGAGGAUUCUGAAGAGAUAUUAUGGAGAUGAACCCAUGCAGAAGAGGACUAGACUAGCCUUCCCGUCGAAUGACUAUUACUAG